AUGGAGCGCGGCCCCGAGCGGGAGCUGCGCUGGCGGACUCUGGCCGCGCUGCGCUCCUCCAGCAAGGGCCAGCUGAGCUACCGCCGCCACUGGCUGCAGGAUGAGGAUAUCUUGGAAGGAUGCAUGUCUCCUCUUGUGCUGUCCCCUUACUCUGGCUGGGUCCUGGACAGAGUGGUGGGGCAGUCAGCCCAAGAAAUCACACCCACCAGAUGCUCAACACCUAAAGAACCCACUCCCCUGACAAGUGGAUCAUCUUCUCUGGAGAAGGUUGCAUCUGGGAGCCACCAGGGCUCUUCACCACCUUCAUCUGCAGAGCCAAGUGAAACAAAGGGAGAUGGUGACCCUGGUUUGCUGGAGACAGAUCAAGAAGCUUCUCAAGUGGUUCUGCCUUCCAAAGUUACUGAGGUUGAGGGCUGCAUCCGGAUGUAUGAGGAGAUGCACAGGCUGAAGGGAAAGGAGGGGCUGAGGCGGCGGCAGGAGCAGCAGGAGCAGAUGGUGAGGGCUGUGUCCGACCUGGCCAGCGAGCAGCUGAAGCGCUUCGAUGAGCUGAAGGAGCUGAAGCAGCAUCAGGAGUUCCAGGAUUUGAAAGAAGUCAUGGAGAAGAGCUCAAAGGAGGCUCAGGGACAGCAAGAGAAGUUGAAGGAAGAACAUCGACACAGAGCAAAGGUCCUGAACCUGAAGCUGCGCGAGGCGGAGCAGCAGCGGCAGCGGCAGGAGGAGCUGGAGCGGCUGCGCAAGGAGGAGGGCCAGGAGAGGCUGCGGCGCCUCUAUUCCCUCCAGGAGGAAGUGCUGCAGCUUAACCAGCAGAUUGAUCCCAAUUACAGGCACAAAGACUUGCCAAAAAUUGAUCUUUCUGCCUACAGUAAUCGUGGCAACCAGAUCUGUGGGCUGGUGUCCGGACUCAUCCGCACCACCAAUGAGAGAGGGUUCCCUGCCCCGGCAGACGUGGCCCAUGCGGAGCGAGCGCUGCAGGAGAUGCGGGCGCUGGUAGCCAGCAUGCAGCAAGAGAUUGCUGCAGCUGUGGAAGUGAAAAGAAGGGAUGAAGAAGAAGAGAGCAAGAAGCAGAAGGAGUUACUGGAAAAACAGAAGAUGAAGGCUCAGACUCCUGCUCCUGCACAACAGUCAGGGGGAAAGCAGCAGAAGGAAGGACUUCAAGUUAAGGCAGAUGAAAGUAUCAUGCAGUGGUACCAACAGCUUCAAGAUGCUGCUGAGCAGUGUGUUGCUUCUUUCAGUGAAAUCAGCAACUGCAAAGACAACAAUGAGGUCAAGAAAAUAAAAACAGACUUGCAGAAAGCAGCUACCAUCCCUGUGAGCCAGAUCUCUAGUAGAUCAGGCUCUCAGUUGAGAGAGAUAUUUGACAAGAUUGAUAACCUGCUCUCUGGGAAGUCUGUGCAGACUGGAGGGAGAACUGUGUCGGUGACCCAGCAUCCACAGGGGCUGGAGUUUGUUCAUUACAAACUUGCAGAGAAAUUCGUGAAACAAGGAGGAGAAGAAGUAGCUGCUCACCGUGAUGCAGCUUUCACCAUUGCUGUGGUGGCCUCAGGCAUCUGGGAAUUACACCCUCGAGUUGGAGACCUCUUCUUAGCUCACCUACACAAGAAAUGCCCCUAUUCUGUGCCAUUUUACCCUGCAUUUAAAGAGGGGAUUUCUGUGGAAGAAUACCGAAGGAUGCUUGGAUAUGAUGUUGAGGAUUCUAAGGUGGAAGAGCAAGAUCAUUUCCUUAAGCGGAUGUCGGGAAUGAUUUGUCUUUAUGCUGCUAUCAUUCAAGUCCAGUGGCCUCAUGGAAACAAACAAGGGAAACAUCCUCACGGGUUGAACUACGGGUGGCGUUGGCUUUCUCAGAUGUUGAACAUGGAGCCUCUGGCAGAUGUGACAGCCACCCUGCUCUUUUGUUUCCUGGAGGUGUGUGGCAAUGCUCUUCUGAAUCUGUAUAAGGCUCAGUUCUGGAAAAUGAUGGUAUUUAUCCAAGAAGACUAUAUUCCAAGAAUUGAAGCAAUUACCAGCUCUGGGCAGAUGGGCUCAUUAACACGUCUCAAGCAAUUCUUGGAGGAAUGUCUACAGCAGAAGAAAAUUCCAGCACCAAAGGGAGCCCUGAAGCCUUCCUUUUGGAAAUCAUAA